CAUAGUAACGUUGGUUCGAGGACAGAAGGCACCACUUGCUUUAGAUGGUCCCUACUACUACUACUACUACUACUACUACUACAACUACUACUUUUGCUUGGCCCUAGGGUGUGGUGGUGGUUGUCGUCCAUCUCCUCGUCAUCGUGCGCCGCUCAGCCAUUGUCGUACGUGUAUAUAAUCACUACCAUGUUGCAUUGUCUACGACCUUAAUGAGGCGUAAGUCAUUCUGAGUCAUGCGGGGCUGUUGUUGUGGUUGUUGUUGUUGUUGUUGUUGUUUUUGUUUGGUUUCUUUCGUUCUUUUUGUUUUUGCUUUCUUUGUCGUUUUCUUUGUUUUGAUCAGUUUUUCAGUUUUCUUUGUUAACAUAGUUUUUCGUUUUCUUGUUUUUCAUUUCACUUUUUCAUUCCUGUUUUUUUUAUCUAUUGUUUUUUUUCUUUGUUUUGUUUUGUUUUGAUUCCUUUCGUUCGUUGUUUUUUUGUCUUAUUUUUCGUUUUUUCUUCACUUUUUCAUUCCUGUUUUUUAUCUAUGUUUUUUUAUUUUUGUUUUGUUUUGUUUUGGUUCCUUUCGUUCGCUGUUUUUUUUGUGUGUGUGUUUUCUUUUCGUUUUCUUGGGUCUUCACUUUUUUAUUCUUGUUCUCUUUCAUUUAUUUUUUUUUCUUAUUUUCGUUCUCUCGUUUUCUCUCUCUUUUUAAUUUUCACUCUUUCUCUGGUUUUCAAUUUCAUCAUCAUUCUUUUUCGUCUUUUUUUCCCUGUUGUUGUUCUUUUCCUCUUUUCCUUUCGUUUCUCGUCUACUUUAUUUGUUUACUGAAUGAUUUUUUUAAUUUUACUUAAUAUUUACUUUUUUUUACAACGACGUCAAUUUCUGAGACGUAUUUUUUUUCUCUCUCUACGGGAUAUAAAAAUAAAUCUUUGCUCUAUUAACAAAAACAAUGCUCUCUCUCUCUCUCUCUCUCUCUCUCUCUCUCUCUCUCUCUCUCUCUCUCUCUCUCUCUCUCUCUCUCUCUCUCUCUCUCUCUCUCUCUCUCUCUCGACUGUACACGACGUUUAUCUAAUCAAAGGUUGGAGUGAGGCGUUAAUCAUUGUAUGCGUGCGUGCGUGUGUGUGUGUGUGUGUGUGUGUGUGUGUGUGUGUGUGUGUGUUUGUGUGUCCUCUCCUUUCCUUUCCUUCAAACUUCCUUUCUUUCUCUUCACUUUCCUUCUUCCCUCUUUCUCCAUUCUCUCUUAUUCCUAUAUUCCUUCAAUGUUUCUCUUUUUUUCCUCCUCAUUCAUUUUCUUUCAAUUAUUUUCUCUCGGUUUUCAUUUUCCUCAAUUUUUUCCUUCACUUUCUUUUUCUCCUUUUUUUCGUCUCUCAUUUGACUUGCAUUUUCCUUCAUUUUCCAUCCAUAUCUUGUAAUCGUGUCUCUCCCCUUUCUUUCACUCUAUCUCCUUUCUCUCUCCUACCCAUCAACUCCUUUCUAUUCUUCACCAUUUCCUCUUCUUCCUCUUUUUCUUUUAGGUCCUCCCGUCUCCUUUCUCUCUUACCCAUCAACUCCUUUCUAUUCUUCACCAUUUCCUCUUCUUCCUCUUUUUCUUUAAGGUCCUCCCGUCUACUUUCUCUCUUACCCAUCAACUCCUUUCUAUUCUUCACCAUUUCCUCUUCUUCCUCUCUUUCUUUUACUCUCCUCGUCUCCUUUCUCUCUUACCCAUCAACUCCUUUCCCUCCAUCACCAUUUCCUCUCCUUCCUCUUUUUCUUUCACCUCUCCCCUUCCUUCUAUCUCCCCCAUUAAUUCUUUCCCACCCUUAUCAUCUCCCCGCGUUCCUCUCUCCUCCAUCGCUCCCAGCCUUGAUAGCACGGCCGAGAUAAGCUAUCGGUGACAUCAGGAGCUUAUCUCGCUUAUAAAUGACAAAGGAUUCAACACUACACAACAUGGACUUCCUGCAUAGGCGCGAACACGGGGCAGAGGGGGUUAGAGAGGAGCACAGGGACGCACAUGAAGCUCGUGGCUCAUACGGGGUGACUGAAACUAUAAAAUCUAAACAUUCCCUGAUCUAAAAACAACGAAUAUUUUUGAAAGCUAAUGAAAUAAAACGUCAUCAUCCUCUUCAACCCUAUAAAAAAAGGAAAAUAAGAGGAUCCAAUGCCACUUGACAAGAUCUAACUCUCUUAACCCUCUUCCUGAAUCUCCCCAAGAGUCAAAAGGGCGAUAUGACGGAGAUAAGCACGGAGGCAACGCGUAGCAACUUGACCUUUUCCCUGCCCCUGUAUAACCUAAUAAAACACCAUCAUAUAAAAAGAAAAGAAGAGAAUCCAACACCACUCCACAAGAUCAAAGCCUUUAACCAUAUUCUCGAACCUCCCUAAGACUCAAAAGGGGCGACAUGACGGAGAUAUGCACUGAGGCAACGCGUACCAACUUGACCUUUUAACCUGACCGUGUAUAAAAAGGAAAAGAAGAGAAUCCAACACCACUUCACAAAAUCAAAGCCUUUAACCAUAUUCUCGAACCUCCCUAAGACUCAAAAGGGGCGACAUGACGGAGAUAUGCACUGAGGCAACGCGUACCAACUUGACCUUUUCCCUGACCCUGUAUAAAAAGGAAAAGAAGAGAAUCCAACACCACUCCACAAGAUCAAAGCCUCUAAAACAUAUUCCUGAACCUCCCUAAGACUCAAAAGGGGCGACAUGACGGAGAUAAGCACGGAGGCAACGCGUAGCAACUUGACCUUUUCCCUGCCCCUGUAUAAGUAGGACACAGUAUACCACGAUACAAUCAGGGUGCGGGCGGGCGGCGGUCCACGUGGCUCGCAUCGACUAUCUAGAAUCGAUACGCCAGCAAGAGGUCACUGGUGGUCGAGCGGCUCUCAACACAUAGCAAGUAUUUCUAAACGUAUCUACGCCUCGGUUCCCCUGUUAAAAAAAGCCUCCCAUUGAAGUUCCUGGACUGUUUUCUGGCCCUACUCUUAAGGAGGGCUCAGGAAUAUGGGUUAGAGGAUUUGAUCUUGUGGAGUGGUGUUGGAUCCUCUUCUUUUUGGCAGGGAAAAGCUCAAGUUGCUACGCGUUGCCUCAGUGUUUAUCUCCGUCAUAUCGCCCGUUUUGAGUCUUAAGGAGGGUUCAGGAAUAUGGUUUAAAGGGUUUGAUCUUGUGGAGUGGUGUUGGAUCCUCUUCUUUUUUGGCAGGGAAAAGCUCAAAUUGUUACGCGUUGCCUCAGUGUUUAUCUCCGUCAUAUCGCCCGUUUUGAGUCUUAGGGAGGUUCAAGAAUAUGGUUUAAAGGGUUUGAUCUUGUGGAGUGGUGUUGGAUCCUCUUCUUUUCUAUUUAUAUGAUGGUGUUUUAUUAGCUUAUACAGGGGCAGGGAAUAAGUCAAGUGAUAGUUUUACGCGUCCUCUGCAUUUUGAACGGGGCGGGGAAAUCACUCAUGAAAACCCGGUUAAUUUAUAGGGGAGAAAAGUAAGGAAUCGAGAAUGAGGAAGAAAGUGAAGGAGGAGAGUAAGAAGAAAUGAUGAGGGAAGGACAGAAAAAGAAAGGAGGAAGAAGAGGGUAAAAAUAAAGAAGAUAAAGAAAAAGGAAGAAGAGAAGAAGGGAAGAGAAGGUGGAGGAGGAGGAUAGAGAAAGAUUAGAAAGAAGAGGAAGAAGAUAGAUAAGAAAAAGAAGAAAUAGACAAAGAAGGAAAAAGAGAAAGAGAAAGAAGAAGAAGAAGAAGAAGA